UCUUCCGCUACUCUUAGUCAUACAUACCUAAUUAUACAUAGCCAAUCUAGUCAUAAGCUUAUACACUCAUACACCCAUCCUUAACAUACCAAUAUUAUCGAGAAACUUAUCGACUAAUCGACUCGCCACUCUGCAGAGAGCACGGCAGUCAGUCGCUGUUGAACCAAGCUAAAGGACAGAUCAAAAUAAAAGAGUCACGUGAAAUUGUAUUAGAAUAUUAACUUCUGUAAACGGCGGCUAAAAUCUCAGAAGUGGGAUUAAUAAUCCAAAAUGGACGAUAAAAUCAUCCUGAACGACUUUUCGCUGACAACCCUAAAAGAUUGGCUACGUAUUCUGGGCCAAAAUACGGAGGGCACAAAAACCGAAUUAAUCGCGAGGCUGCAAGACAUCCCAACGGCAGUUCGGGGCGAUUGUCCACCGGAGCACCCCCAGAAAAACGCUCCACCAGGAAACGACAUUUUUUCUUCACUGGAUUUCCAGAAUUGUGAAAUUAACACCGAUCACGUAAGUGUGAAUGCAAUGAACAGAAAAGAAUCAACCGAAACUGGCAGUGAGAGGGAGACAAACAUGUUCGAGCUACAGCAACUACGCGCAGAGCUAGCAGAAGCGAAGGCAAUGCUUAACGGAACACGAUCGAGCUCGCAGUUCCAAGAACAACAACAACCAGAGCAAAGCAAGGCUACAGUUAGUUCCGUUAUCCAGACGGCGCAGUUUACGCAGGCUGGCGCCACAAAAGAGAACACAACAUUUCACUCGCCGCAGCGAUCCAACGAGAGAGCGGAGAGCCAGCGUUUUCCAGUUGAUGCUCUCGCUCUCGCCAAAGAGACGAUAACCGAUUACGAUGGGAAAACUUGCGCGCGUGCCUGGAUAACAGUGGUCAAAAAUAUCGCACGCACUUUCAACAUCGAUGACAACCAUUUACGCAUCUUACUCAUCACUAAACUUAAAGGAAACGCGCAAGUCUGGUUACAUGCGCACCCUGCUCGAUUGAUCGAACCAAUUGACAAUUUGCUUGAUCAACUGUCAUUGACUUUUGGCGAGCAAUCAUCCAAGGCUGAGAUCCGGCGAAAAUUCGAGAGUCGCAAGUGGAAAACCGAGGAGAAUUUCUGCAGUUAUUACGACGAGAAGAUGGCUCUCUCAAACGGGAUAAACAUCGACGACGACGAACUACUGGAUCAGAUGAUAGAGGGCAUACCGCUGCAAAAUUUCCGUACCCAAGCACGGAUUCAAUGCUUCUCUACUCCGUCGGAGAUGCUACGCGCAUUUUCGAACAUCCGUUUGCCAGCUCGGAGGGAGCCACCUGUACAGCCAACCGACUACAAAGAUGCCAUACGAUGCGCAAACUGUAAUUCAAGAGGACACAAAGCUGACAUCUGCAAGAAGCCCAAACGUGAACCAGGUUCGUGCUACUCCUGUGGACAACUUGGACACCUGGUGGCACAAUGUCCCACAAGGAAGAGCGUUUCAACUAAUAAUUAUAAUGCCUCAUAGACUCUGGCAGUCCUAUAUCUAUCAUUAAAAAGUCACUUAUUAACGAGACAAUGAAGUUAGCCCUAGUUAAUACUUGCUAUUUUGGUUUAAACAACUGUAUUCUCAAAACACAUGGACAAACCACAUGUUAUGUAUUGAAAGGAUCAAUAAAAAUAUAUUUUCGUUUAAUCAUUGUUUGCGACCAGUCUAUGAGGUAUAAUGUUAUUCUCGGCAGAGAUUUUUUAACUGCAUGCAAUUUAAAUUUAGACCCCUACACCUUGGGAAUGAUUGCGUUGAGAAAACCCAUGGAAAUAAACAAAAGAUCAAUGUUUACUGAAAAUGAAAUUGUUA